AUGGCCUCUGGCCAACCUUUCGCGUCGCGCUCCUACGCCGGCACGAAACUGCCAGAACGCUCCGUCAACCCGAACGCCAUGCCAUUCAGCGCCUCAUCAUUCUCACGGCAUCGUCUAGGAAAUGCCAACCCAGAAUUCAACGGCCCCGAUGGUCAAAAGCAAAUGCAACAGUCCGCGCCCGUGCCUGCCACAAACGCGCAGUCCCAUGGCCCAGCGCAGGACGCAAAUCCACUGAGCAGACUCACCGAAGAGCAGAGGGAAGAGAUCAACGAAGCUUUCACCCUCUUUGACCUCGACCGCGACCGCCACCUCGACUACCAUGAGCUCCGCGUCGCCUUCCGCGCUCUCGGCUUCACCCUCAGUAAACAAGAGCUGAUCUCCCUGCUAACGACCUACGGCGUGCCACGUCCACAAGUACAACAACAACAAGCUGCCAGCAACCAGCACGGACAAACCCAGCCCCAAGCCUCAAACAAAGGCCCCGUUUCGAACCCGCAGCACCCGUCCAACUUGCUUAUGCCGCUCUCGUCGUUCCAGGCCGUCACGGCGUUGAAGAUCCUCGAGCGAGACCCGCGCGACGAGAUCCUGCGUGCGUUCGAGCUGUUCGAUGAAGGUGCCAAAGGGUUUAUUGAUCUUGAGGAUUUGAGACGUGUUGCUAGGGAGCUGGGCGAGACUGGGCUUGAGGAGGAGGAGCUUAGGGCUAUGAUUGAGGAGUUUGAUCUUGAAGGUGUUGGUGGUGUUACUCGGGAGGCUUUUGUUGGGAUUUGUUGGCAAUGA